AUGUCGUGUAUACAAUUGAAUUCCGUCGAUUACCGGCAUGUUUCCCGGACACACUGUACCGUGGAGUGUGUAAAUGGUCAGCUGGUGUUAACGGACGUCUCGUCGUCGACAGGCACCUACGUUAAUAACCGGAUGUUCAGCCGAAACGCACCUGGUAGUGUGUCGCUGGAGGAGGGCGACGUGAUUGGGAUUGGCUGCCCCACCAUGGGCGAAGAUUCAUACUAUCAGAUCCAAACUCAUGCCCUGCUUUUUCGCGUUUGCCGAAAACGAGAACGAAUCCCAACAGUAAAAACGGAGGAUAAUGUAAUAGAAAUCAGCGAUGACGAAAGUGUGGGCGAAUCAUUCAAACCGUCAUCGGCUGCACCGACCACACUGGAGCAGGAAGUAGAGGAGUGUGAGCAACCGGAUGAACCCUCUCUUCCACCACUCUUACAUACUAAGGACGAAACAGGUUCAAGGUCUCCGAUCAAAGCUGAACUCCCGUAUCAGAGCGACACUGAAAUGAACGGUGUACCAUUGCCACCGUUGCAAAAAAAGCCGGAUACGCCUACGUCUGAAAACAGCGACGACUCUGUCGUUAUCGUGUUGGAUGACGAGUACACUGACCAGCACUAUUCGCAGAUGGUGUUGGAGAAUAUCAAAACGGAAAGCGUAGAUGUACCAGACGAAGGACAAGAUGCUAAUGAUUGUGAUGAUGUUUUGCGUACGUCGGGAGAGUGGUUCUCCAAACUCAACAACACAGUUGAAUGGCCGUUUGGGCGACCAGAUCGUCAAACGAUCUUGUGCGAUCCGAAACCUAUGCGGAAGCGUAGGUGCUCGGUUAUUGAUAAUGCAAUUGAACCGAGCGGAACGACCGCGGGGGUUAGUCGACAACCCUUUCCGAGCGAGAGCCCGUGCAAGCCUGUUCCCAAGCGCCGAUUUUCGGUUGUCGAAGCGGAGAAGAUAGUGAAGCAAAAGAUGAAACGCCGCGCUAGUGUGUCGGACAGAAGUAUGGGUUCGAAAAAGAAGGAGUACCAAAGGCAGAUUGCGAAAAAGUUGCAAGAGGUGGCGGCAAAGGAAUCAGCCCAAAAGUCCCUGGAAGCUAGACAGCUCAUCGGUGCACAGCAAAAGACGGGUGUCACAUUGCCGAGGGUUAAAUCCACCCCUAAUCGGGGAGACUUUCUUAUGGACCCCAUCGCAACGUGCUCAAAAAAAGCGCCCGCGAAAGACACGGUGUCGCGUCCUUCCUACGAAGAUGGUAUUGUUUGCACACAAUCUACGACGCUGGAGGAGCUUCCUUGUUUGGAUGAAGUUGUUGAGAACCGAAGCGACAGUUGGAUUCCGGGCCGCUACACGUGCCAAAUGAAAGUAUUCUCUGAUCAGCUGGCAAUGGAAGUGGAUCAUGACAACAGUAUCACCUUCCGACCGAUAACAACAAUCAGUCCACACAUACGGCAGGUCCUUGGACUGUGCAUGCUGCAACACUCUCGCAUACUUCCCAUUAUUCUUGAUCCGGAACAAAACCGUGAGCAGGUGGUUGUGCCUGGAAAUGGGUUUAAGAAGCACAUCAAAGUUAGGAAGGAAAUCUUGGCAAGAAUCCCUCCGAAUGCCCUGAACGAAGGGCAGAUGAAUGUUAUGCUGUCCGUACUCGAGGAGUGCUGCCUGGGGGAGUCACCUAGCGUUUCACUGAUCCAAGGACCGCCGGGUACGGGCAAAUCACGAGUCAUAAGCCAACUUGCGCUAGAAAUAUGGCGUUUUCGUCGUCCUGGGAUGAAGGUGAUGAUCUGUGCCCAGUCAAAUACAGCGGUUGAUGUGAUUGCUCUCAAGCUGUUCAACCUACGAAAUGAUUUGGCCGAGGGACACCGUUUCAAUUUGGUCCGGAUCGGCACGUGGGACAAGAUCGAUCCGUCAUGCCGUUCAAUUUUUCUCGAGCAACUUGCAUACCAGAAAAUGCAAGACAAACGUUUGCUGCCGAAUGAUGGGCACAUUAAACUGGAAGAGCUACAGCGACGUUUGGGUAGCCUCAAAUGCGAUGCCCGUCGAGAAUUUGAAUCCACCAAGCGUGAUAUUAUCGAGAAGGCGGAUAUUGUCUGUUCCACGCUCGGUAGCUGCCACGCCGUUGGAACGCUAUGCGAGGCGAUUAUCUUUGACGUGUGUAUCAUAGAUGAAGCGACACAGUGUACGGAACCGUGUUCGUUGGUACCGUUGCAGUACGAUAUGACGAAGCUGGUUCUGGUGGGUGACAUCAAACAGCUACGGGCCACCGUGUUAGCAAACAAAUCGAUGCAGGCCGGGCUUUGUGACUCUCUCUUCAGUCGAAUGUACAAUUGGUUUCACAAAGCGAACCUCUCCGCCGGUAUCAAGACGCUCAACGUACAGUAUCGUAUGCAUCCGGAGAUUUGUAGCUGGCCGAAUAACUUCUUCUACGAAGGCCGAUUGAUUAGCCACUCGACGGCAGCAGCUGGUGGUAAGCUGCCGUUGCUUCCGUAUGUCGUGCUGAGUUUGGGCUACGAUCAGGAGCUGACCCAGAUUCAGCAUCAAAUCUACAAUCGGGAUGAACUGGUAUUUGUCGUGAAGCUGUUGAAGCAGGUGCUGAAAUACUGUAGGAAAGAUACAUCCGUUGCCAUCAUAACACCGUACCAGAGGCACAAAUCCGAAAUGGUGUAUGAAUUGAAGCGUAAUCAGUUACAGCAGAUCGCAGUCCAUUCGAUCGAUUCGGUACAGGGCAAGGAGUUCGACGUUGUCUUCGUGUCGUUGGCCCGUUCCAUUGGCACUGGAUUCCUCAACUCUGGGGAACGGAUCAACGUCGCACUGACCCGUGCCCGGCAUAGUCUUAUACUUUGUGGCAACUUUGGCAGUUUGGUGACAACACCGGUAUGGUCGGCCCUGCUCAAAGAUGCAGAAGAGCGCAAAGUGCUGCACGAAUUGGAGGGUAGUUGUGCUGACACUGAUGUGAACAGUAUUGUGAAGAAGCUGCGAAUUCUUCCGAAUAUUUGAAAGGAUUCGAGCGAGUGAUCCAAAGUUUGGUUUGGUAAAACGUUGAAGUGCCUUAGUGUUAUGCUCUGUU